CCUCAAUACACACGUAACACCAUGAGGUGAAAUGUCCACAGGACAUGGUAUUUUAUUCAGAUCUAGUGUUAUAUUUGGCCUUUGGUAAAUGUAGGAUGUCGUGUCCACAAAGGAAGACAGUGAACCAUCUGAUACUAUGGACAGUAACACUAGCUCUUGCUAGUUAUGGGUCAAUUGAUGCCUAUGUGAUACAAGACCAGAAUUUCAAUGAACAGACUCAGUAUGUGUCACAACCGGAAGCACGUCUAAGUAACCCUAAUCACCAGUAUCCAAACACUCUUGGUUACGUCAGUCAAAAUUCUCAUCAAUCAGAUUUCGACCAACAACAAAAUAUUUUACUUCAACAACUUCAUUCAAUGAAAAAUCAACUACCAAAUUUAGAUAUGACUUCUGAACAAAUGCAACAAAUCCAACAGCAAUUUCCUCAAUUUACUAAUCAACUACAAACCAUGUCUCAAAAUGGUUAUCAUCAACAACCUGAUCAGUACUUGAACCAAAGGCAUCAACCCAACCAACAAGGCGGGAUAGAAUACCAAAACUAUCGUGACAACUACAAGCCUGAUCCACCUAAAUAUGAAAAAUUUCUCAAGACAGUUAAACAGGUUGGAUUUUAUUUAUAUCAGUUCUGGCCACUGAUUACAGGAUGGGGAAUCAUAUAGGUUAAUCCAUUAGAAUGUCGGACUGAUAAAGGUACAUGUUGACUUGUUCAGUUUUCUGCAAUUAUCUCAGAGACGAUAAUAAUGUACAGAAAGUAUCAAACAUCUGUAUAACAUCCAGUGAAAAUGAAUGUCAAAUACUUCCAUGUCUUUGAGAUAAUUGAAAUUAUACAGAUUUCCAAACACUGUUUGAUUUUGAUAUAGUGCAUAUGGUGAUUUUUAUGUGAAAACAUACUUUGAUUCAGGUUACUUAUGCAGCAUUUUGUAUUUUAUUUACAAAAGUAUGAAUUUUUCGAAAUACUAAGGAUUUUUUUAUACCAGAAAUAGAUUUCCCUUAGUCGUAUUUGGCACAACUUUUUGGAAUUUUGGGUCCUCGAUGCUCUUCAACUUUGUACUUAUUUGGCAUUAUACAUUUUUUGAUCUGAACGCCACUUAUGAGUCUUAUGUAGACGAAACGCGCGUCUGGCAUAUUAAAUUAUAAGCCUGGUAACUUUAAUAACUAAUAACACAACUGGAUCGGUACCAUUGCUGUUGGACGUUUCGUCCUCGAGGGUAUCACCAGCCCAGUAGUCAGCACUACGGUGUUGACAUGAAUAUCAAUUAUAUGGUAAUUCAUAUAAAUUUCCUGUUUACGAAAGUAUGAUUUUUUUCGAAAUACUAAGGAUUUUCUUAUCCCAGACACAUAUUACCUCAGACGUAUUUGGCACAAAUUUAUUGGGUCCUCGACGCUCUUUAACUUUUUUUUUCUUUGGCUUUAAAACUAUUUUGAACUGAGCGUCACUGAUGAGUCUUAUGUAGACGAAACGCGCGUCUGGCGUAUUGAAUUAUAAGCCUGGUACUUUUGAUAACUUUUUUAACUGUAGUGCUGCAUGUAUGCAUGUACUUUUAAUAAUAAUUACAUAUUAUAUAGAUAUAGGAAAAUGUGGUGUAUAGUUUAUAUUUGACAUUGUAACUUGUGAUAUUGAUGUUUAUAAUAUAUGUUUUUUCUUAUUACAUUAUUAAAAUCAUUAUUAUUUUCAUUUCUUUACAUCAGACAAAAAUCAAGAAAUUUUACUGGUGUUUAUCACAAUCAAAACAGUACAAUAUUAAAAAAAAAUUAAAAAAAGAAA